AUGGCUGCGAAAUGUGUCAAGAAAGAACGCCCUGCUCGUCCUGAACGUCCCGCGAAGCGUACCAACAAGCACGCACCCACGGAAGUGUCAUCGAAGAAGGCUGUGGGAAGGAAGCGUGACAUCGUGGAAGUACAGGCGAUCAAAGCCCGUGAUCCGCGAUUCGAAUCGCUUUCAGGGCACUUCAACGAAGAAGCCUAUCGCAAGAACUACUCCUUCUUGAACGACUACCGCAAAGAUGAAAUCAACAUGUUGAAGGGAACAAUGAAAAAGAUCAAGGAUCCAGAAGAGAAGGCAAAGCUUGAGAAAACACUCACGUCUAUGCAAUCACGAGAACAAGCUCGCAAGAACCAGGAACAUGCCCGCGAAGUCAUUAAAGAGCACAACAAGUCGGAACGCGCGAUGGUCAAAGAAGGAAAGAAGCCAUUCUUCCUCAAGAAAACCGACCAGAAGAAGCUUGUGCUUUACGACAAAUUCUCGAAGCUUGGCGACAAGACUUUGCAGAAGGUCAUCGAGAGGAGGAGAAAGAAGAACACGCAGAAGGAGAAGCGUUUGUUGCCCAACCGGUAA